AUGAACGUCAACGGUGGCAAUUCCGGUUCUACUCGUUCUGCAUACAUCCCUCCUCACAUGCGUGGAAAGGUUGCUGCGCAGUCCCAGGCUGGUUCCGGGUACGCGCCUUCUGCUCCUGCUGCUGCCGCUGCUGCUCCUCCUCACGACAACUGGGACUCUGCUGCUCCUGGUCCUCCUCGCACUUACGCCCCUCGCGCUGGUGGCUGGAACUCUGAGCGCACCGGCGGCUACGGCGGUGGUGAGCGUGGCUCCUACGGUGGUGGUGCCCGCGCUUACGGUGGUGGUGGUGGUAUGGGCCGCGUCGCUGGUGAGGGUGAGUGGCGUGAAGGCAAGCACGUCCCCGGACAGCCCAACCAGCGUGUCGAGCUCGAGCUCUUCGGUACCGCCGACGACCCGACCAAGCAGCACACCGGUAUCAACUUCGGCAACUACGAGGACAUUCCCGUUGAGGCUUCCGGUGAGGACGUCCCUGAGCCCGUCAACACCUUCACCAAGGACCACUUGGAUGAGCACCUUCUCGAGAACAUUGCGUUGGCUCGCUACGCUUCGCCCACUCCCGUCCAGAAGUACUCUAUCCCCAUUGUCGCCAACGGCCGUGACUUGAUGGCCUGUGCCCAGACCGGUUCCGGAAAGACUGGUGGUUUCCUUUUCCCCAUUGUGUCCAAUGCGUUCAAGUCUGGACCUAUCGCCGUCCCUGCUGGCGCUGGCGCUACCUACGGCCGUUCCCGCAAGGCUUACCCUACCACCCUUAUUCUUGCUCCCACCCGUGAGUUGGUCCUCCAGAUCCACGAGGAGGCUCGCAAGUUCACCUACCGUUCUUGGGUCAAGCCCGCCGUCGUUUACGGUGGUGCCGACAUUGGCUCCCAGCUCCGCCAGAUCGAGCGCGGCUGUGACCUUCUCACCGCCACCCCCGGUCGUCUCGUUGACCUCCUCGAGCGUGGCCGUAUCUCCCUUGCCAACAUCAAGUUCUUGGUUCUUGACGAGGCUGACCGCAUGUUGGACAUGGGUUUCGAGCCCCAAAUCCGUCGUAUCGUCGAGGGAUCCGAGAUGCCUGGCGUCACUGAGCGCCAGACUCUCAUGUUCUCCGCUACCUUCCCUCGUGAGAUUCAGGCUCUCGCUCGCGACUUCUUGAAGGACUACGUUUUCUUGUCCGUCGGUCGUGUUGGAUCCACCUCUGAGAACAUUACCCAGAAGGUCGAGUACGUCGAGGACAUGGACAAGCGUUCCGUUCUUCUUGACAUCCUCCACACUCUCCCCGGAGGUGGUUUGACCCUCAUCUUCGUCGAGACCAAGCGUCUUGCUGACUCUUUGUCCGACUGGUUGAUCAACUCCAACUUCCCCGCCACCUCCAUUCACGGUGACCGUACCCAGCGCGAGCGUGAGCGUGCCUUGGACAUGUUCCGUUCCGGCCGUUGCCCUAUCCUCGUCGCCACCGCUGUUGCUGCCCGUGGUCUCGAUAUCUCCAACGUUACUCACGUCAUCAACUACGACCUCCCCUCCGACAUUGAUGACUACGUCCACCGUAUCGGUCGUACCGGUCGUGCCGGUAACACCGGUCUCGCCACCUCUUUCUUCAACCGCGGUAACCGCAACAUCACCCGUGAGUUGAUCGACCUCUUGUCUGAAGCUAAGCAGGAGGUCCCUGCUUUCCUCGAGGCUAUUGCUCGUGAGGGUGGAUCUGGCUUCUCUUCUCGUGGCCGUGGCCGUGGUGGAAGCCGUGGUGGUCCUACCCGUGAUGUCCGUAAGUUCGGCGGUGGCUUCGGCGGAGGAUCCGGCGGAGGAUCCUCUGGUGGAUACGGUUCUGCCCCUGCUCCUGCCUACGGCGGUGGUAGUGGUGGUGCUGGCUACGGUGCCCCCGCUUACGGAGCCCCCUCCGGUGGCGGUUACGGUGGAGGUUACGGCGGAGGCUACGGUGGUUCCUCCGGCGGUAACAACUCCUGGUGGUAA